AUGAUUCACCCCCCUGAAACAUUGAACGAAAUCAAAUCGUCCCAUCUAGGGCCUGUAGAAUCCCAAGAUAUCCCGAAUCCGAUGACCAGCCCAGACCCUCCUCCAAAACCCCAGAUGACUAUGUCAUCUCUCCUGAAUCUAAACGAGAUCGAAGAAGCCGCCACAAAAAUAAUCAGCAAAAAGGCAUGGGCGUACUACUACUCCGCAGCAGACGACAAAAUCUCCAAAACCCUCAACACGACCGCCUACCGCUCGAUCCUCUUCCGACCGAGGAUAUUCAUCGACUGCCAGACAUGCAAAUUAGAAACGACCCUCCUGGGCAACAAAGUCCGCCUCCCAAUCUUCAUCAGCCCAACAGCAAUGGCGCGUCUCGGCCAUCCAGCAGGCGAGAAGGGGAUAGCAACUGGAUGUCAAUCAUUCGGCAGCGCACAGAUCAUCGCAAACAACUCGUCUCUAUCACCAGAGCAAAUCGUCUCUGAUGCACCGGAAAGCCAAGUAUUCGGAUGGCAGCUGUAUGUGCAGAGAAACCGCAAACUGAGCGAAGACAUGCUGGCGCGCGUGAAUCGAUUAGACCGUAUCAAGUUUAUUGUCUUGACGCUGGACGCACCCGUCUCCGGGAAGAGGGAGGACGACGAGCGGGCCAACGUGCAAGUGGGAGCUCAUUCGGCUGGAAGUGUUAGUAGCCAGCUUUUUGCUGGGACGGAUCCUUCUCUGACGUGGACGGAGACACUGGGAUGGCUGGCGGGACAUACCACCAAACCGAUUGUUCUCAAGGGGAUCCAGACGCACGAGGAUGCACUGUUAGCGGCGCGGCAUGCGCCUUUGGUUAAGGCUAUUGUGUUGUCGAAUCACGGUGGAAGAUCGCUGGAUACGGCGCCUCCGGCUGUGCACACUCUUCUUGAAAUUAGGACGUACUGUCCGGUUGUGUUUGACAAAUUGGAGGUUUGGGUAGAUGGUGGGAUACGUCGGGGUACUGAUGCCGUGAAGGCACUGUGUUUAGGUGCUAAGGCUGUUGGGAUUGGUCGACCGGCACUUUGGGGUCUUGCAGCUGGUGGUGUGGAGGGGGUGGAACGAACUUUGCAGAGUCAGUCAGAAUUUUUCUCCUCGUUUCUCGUGUUGCGGUUUCUGACAUGGACUGUGUGA